AUGGCUCUCGACCCAGCGGCUCUUCGGAUCAUGCUGAAUGAGACUCUUAGGCCGCUAAAUGCCCAGAUGGAUUCGAUGAACGCAACGCUCGCUGGCAACCUGACGGCCAUCAAAGAGAUGGAUGGGUGGCUCCCUGCAGGGGAUGACAUUCAGGCCCACAGCGUGCGCAUGGACGAGCUGGAACUCAAGCUUCAGAGACAGCAACAGGGAGCAGAUACGGAGAUGGAGCAGGAGCACGCAAAGUCUUUCUACGAGCGGGCUCGCGACCACCCUAUCAAGUUCACCCAAGCCUCAACUGGCACGCAGCAUGACCUGCGCAUCGGUUUCGACGAACCAUAUGACAUGAAGAAGAAGGGCUACAUCCUCGGGCUCAUCUGGACGCAGAUUUGCGCGUACAUGCGCAUGAACGGUUGCUGGACAUCUACGAUAGUGCUCGCCUGCAACACGUACCAGGGCCUAUGCUACACCACCGUGCGCGACGAGCCGAUUGAUUUGGUGAUGCUCUCGUCAUGGACUGAAUCGAAGGUGGUGGUCGAGACAUGCUUUCAGGAAUUGCGCAACUUCGGCCCCACAGAGCAGCAGGUCCAGGACUUGCCUGCCGCGGUCAACAGCGCCUACCGCGAGUUGUUCACAGACGUGCAGCACGGGCGCAUCAUAGAUCAGGCGAGGUUCCACGAGCACAUCCGCAUCAUGCAAGAACGCGCCCUGGUUCUUGAGCCCCGUGAGCACGAGCAGUCCCCAGAGUACCAGCACGACGGCGAGCGCACAGUCAAGCAGCACAAACUUCUGAAGGCCUGGUCUCCCAAGCACAGGCGCAUUUCGCUCGCGGGCAUCCUGGGCAACCAAGGGCACGCGCCCACCAGUUUAGAGGAUAGCGCCGCCCGGCUCGCUGAACACUGGGGCCGCGCGCAUACCGCCGCUGAUGCGCCGAACGUGCCCCCGCGCAGCUCAGAGAUGCCACUAGCGCACUGCCAGAAAGUUUCUACUGGGAUCAACUGGAAUGUUCCGCUCUCUGACAUGCUCGGCUUUCUUCAUCGCAAGAAAGACGCCGCGGCAGGCCCCGAUGGCGUCCUGUGCUCAGGCUGGGCAAAGUGCAGCAUGGAGUGCAUGGAGAUCUUAUGCCAGGUGAGGCAGGUGCUGUCGAACUGGCUGCAGGUGAAGGCCGUCAGCUCCGUAGGCGCCCCGCGAGCUCGGGAGCGCGCUCGGCCUCUCCGCCCUUCGCCUUCGGAGGGGGCCAGCGCCCCGGAAGGAGGGCGGCGGCGUCUUCGCGCGGCUGGCCUCCGACACCCCGCCGCGGAGGGCGAGGCAGACACCUUCGGGUGCCUGGCCAACAUCGGGAACCCCGAGUUGUGCAUCCCCGUGUCGGAGUACCACUGGUUCCCCGGCGCCGCCGGGCCGCGGGGCUGA